AUGGCUAAUUUCAAUAACUUAGUCGUUACAGUUAUUUCUGCACGUGGUUUAUCGCUGAAAGGACACAAUAAAUUGGAAGCAUUUGUAAAUUUAACAAUUAGCGGUAAAGGAAAUUGGAAAAGUAAAGUACAAACAGAUAUUGUCCGAACAACAGCUGAUUGUAAGUGGAAUCAACGAUGUGAAUUUACAUUAAACGAUUUGGAUUCGACAUUGACAAUCACCGUAAAUCAUCGUACCGUUUUGGGUACAGCUGAUUGCAUUGGCGCAAUUGAAUUGCCAUUGCAUUCAUUGUUACACGUACGUAUGCCUACGUGGUAUCGUUUAUGUAAAAAAGGGAAAUAUGAAAAUAACGGACAACAAAUGAAAUAUCGCGGUGAAAUAUAUCUAAAAUUUGAAUUUUCCAAUAAAGUAUGCACAAUUGCAAACAAAAAUUUAUCAGUUUCAUCAUUUUCUAUCAAUUCGUUACAUGGUUCCAGUAAACUUGAUACAUUAAAACGUAAAAUGCGAUUUGGUAAGAAAAAAAUUAUUGAUAAAUCGGAUGCUACUUCAUUAAUAACUCUUCCACAGUAUAAUCAUCGUCGUUCCUCAAUUUGUGAAGUUUGUCCAACAAAUCCAAAAUCAGAUCAUAUUUCAAUUGUGGAUUUUAAUCGUGAUGGAUUAAUUACACCACCAGUUGCUACUAAAUUUGCAACAUUACCAUAUAAUUCAAAAAAAACAGAUGGUAUCUUAUUUGGUUCACGACGUACGUCAAUUUCAUCGAAUCGAAAUUCGUUGAAUUCAUCGCCUGUACCAGUAGUUGGAGAAAUUGAUGGUUUCGAUUCUUCAGCAAUUCUUCCACGUCCACGUAGUGCUACUUCAUCCGGUUUUGGUUCUGCACGAUCAACCGUUAUUAACAGUUCCGAUUUAGCUUCGAUUUCACAGUGUACAUCACGUGAAGAAUUAAUAAGGAAUAUUAAUGAUUUACGAAUGGAAUUAGCACGUAAAGAUGCAAAAAUUAAUGAUUUACAAGAUUAUAUUGGAAAAUUAUUGUCAAAAAUUAUGGAAAAAAAUCCAGAUAUGUUAGAAAUUAAACAGUCACGUGGUUUUUUCUCAAGACAUUAA